UUUCUGUUAGUACCGGAACCCGUCAUCAAAACUGCGAACAAAAGAAAUGGGAAAAGAGUAUUUUGAAAUUUCUUAAACUAAACUGGAGGUCAAUAGGGCUAUCCAAAUUUCAACAAAAAACUGUGGUGAAGGUCAAAAUUCAUUUUGAAAGUCUCUAAACAUGGUUAUCACUGAAAAGUGGAGCACCAUCUUCGUCGUAAUUGAAUUGGUGGUGUGCUUCUUAGGAAUAGCGUUUAAUGGAGUUGUGAUUUUCACAAUUUGCAAUUGUAGAAAUGUUCGUCGUCGCAUCUCAGCACCGACCUAUCUUAUCCUCAGUAUCGCGGUGAGUGAUUUCCUUUCUUGUGCGAUACCUGUUCCAUUGUCGAUUGCAAGACAUUUCCAAAAGGAAUGGCCAUUUGGUUUGGCUGGAUGCCAAGCUCACGCCUUCAUGAUAUUUCUACUUGCUCUUGUCUCGAUCACCCAUUUGGUUGCCAUUUCAGCAGGGAAGUACUUGACCAUUACAAAAUCUCUUUCGAGAGAUUCUUAUUUCAACAAGAAAAAAGUGGUUUUGAUUAUCUUGGGCUCUUGGAUUUACUCGCUCGCCUUCAGCGUGGCACCAUUGGUAAGCUGGUCGAGAUACGGCCUAGAAGGAAAAAAUGCUACAUGCUCAGUGAGAUGGGAUUCAUCUCUUUCAAGCGAUCAGGCAUACUUUGGAGUUGUCAUUUUCACUUGCUACGUUUUGCCUCUGGCCGUGAUCACCUUUUGCUAUUACAAGAUCCAUCAAGUUUCCAAACAGAUUGUUGUCAACACUUCCCAUAGUGGCGGUUUAACCAUGACAGCAACACAAGCCCUUCUCAGGAAGCACCAGAAAACUGCUGUUUAUUUUUUAGCUAUCAUAGCCGGUUUUCUAAUCCCUUGGUCACCUUAUGCCGCAGUGUCCCUCCUUUUAGUUGUAGGACGCAAGGUUAGCCCUUUCGCUACCAGUGCAUGUAGUGUGCUCGCCAAAAUUUCGUUUUUCCUCAAUCCAUUACUCUAUGCCAUUUUUAAUCGCAAGUUUCGACGACGCUUCAUUCUUUCUGUUCCUAUAAGCAGACUGAAUGAAGUGAUUAGGCCAGCUGUUGUACCUUCUGUUUCACGCACACUGGCUCUUUGAACAGCGCCAAGCAGUGAAUUCUGAUUAGCCAUGGUGUACUUGGUAAAUCUAUACCCUUUACUGUAUAAACCACACAGGUGCGAGCAAUUCUGUCGUCAUGCCGUAUAUGCAGACACUCAUCUCGACACUCUCGAUGAUUGCUGAUAAAACCCUUGGUAAAGAAGGAACACUUUCUGCGUCAGUCUUUCCUUGACCUCCCAUAAACACGGGAGUACAUUGUCAGAAACCAUUGCGGAACAGCCAGUAUU